ACUCCGCCCCUCCCCCCAGGCUCGCCCCUCGGGGGUCCUGGAGCUGCGGGUGCUGUCGGCGCGGGGGGGUCCCGGGGGUCCCUGCGGGGGGGUCGCCCCUCGUGCCGCCUCCAGUUCCGGCUGUGCCUGCGCCCCCCCGGGGGGAGGGGCUGCGGCCUGGGGGUCGCGCAGAGCCCCCCCGGCCCCCCCCCGCGCCCGGAGCCCCCCCGCACGCUGCGCCUGCCCCUGGCCUUCCCCUGGCCGGGCAGCGUCUCGCUCGUGGUCGAGUCCUGGCGGCUGGAGGAGAGCGGAGCCCCCGGCCCCCCCCUGCGGCUCCUGGGCCGCGCGGUGUCGCGGCCGCGCCUGAGGCCGGGGGGCCCUGGCGGGGGGGGGGCGGGGGGGGGGCUGCGCUUCGGGGCCCGCCUGCGCUGCCCUCCCCCCCCCCGCGCCCCCCGCUGCCCCCGCUGCCCCCCCUGCGCCCCCCGACGCUGCUGGAGCCGCUGCUGCGCCCCCCGGGGGGUGUCGGGGGGGUCCCUGUGCCCCCCACAGCGCCUGCGCCCCCAGCGGCGUCUGCUCGGGUCCCGGCAGCGGCUGCGCCCCCCCGGCGACACCGGCAGCGACCCCCGGAGCCCCCUCCUCAUCCUCGCUCCCGCCGGGCCGGCGCCUCCCGGGCCCGGAGCCGCCCCCGGGGGUCCCCGAGCCACUCCAGGGGGGGUCCCUGCUGCCCUCCCGGCGAUCUCAGAGCCCCUCCCGAGGGUCCCCGAGCCCAUCCCGGGGGUCCCCGAGCCCCUCCUGGGGGUUCCAGGGGUCCCCGCUGCCCUCCCGGGGGUCCUGGGGGUCCCGUACCCCCUCCCGGAGGUGCCCCCCUCCCCGUGCGCCCUCGGGCCCUGCUUCAACGGCGGCGCCUGCGCCCCCGACCCCCGGCCCGGGACCCCCGGGACCCCCCCCGGGUACAGCUGCCGCUGCCCCCCCGGCUUCCGCGGCUCCAACUGCGAGCGCCGGGCGGAUCGGUGUGAGCCCCACUACUGCCUGAAUGGCGGCCACUGUCGCGACUCGCGGGGCCUGUCGCCGCUGUGCCGCUGCCCGCCGGGCUUCUCGGGCCGCCGCUGCGAGCACAACGCGGACGACUGCAGCCCGAACCCGUGCGCGCACGGCGGCACCUGCCAGGACGGGGCCAACGCCUUCAGCUGCACCUGCACGCUGGGCUUCGCGGGCCCGCGCUGCCGCCGCCGCGCCGGGGCCUGCGCGCCCAACCCGUGCGCCAACGGCGGCACCUGCUUCACGCACUUCUCGGGCCCGGUGUGCGCCUGCCCGCCCGCCUUCAUGGGCGGCCGCUGCGAGGAGCCGGUGGGCGCGCCCCGGCCCCCUCACCUGGCCGCAGGUGCGGCGGGAGCGCCCCGGGCGGCGGCGCCGCUGCGCUGUGCGCGCUCCCGCUGCUGCUGCUGGGGCCGGGCGUGGGGCUGGCCGUGGCCAGGAGGCGCAGAGGGGGCAGGACCCCGGCGGACACGGGGGGGACCCCCCGGCUGAGCCCCCCCGGGCCGGAGCGGCGGCCCCAGAGACCCUCGGCCACCAGGGUGUGACCUCAGGUGUGACCUCAGGUGCGCCCCCAUUUCCCAGCAAUAAAAGGAAAAUUUUCGUGGUUUUGGGU